AUGACGCGUAGCGUAAACCCGGUCACCUCUGCUGAAUACGCUCACAACUCGCACCGGAGGCUGUGGGGUCGUCGACCCGCGGGUGGUGACGGUCAAGGUCGCGCCGUUCUGACCAUUAAACACUGUAAGAGCCGCGGUGGUGAGAUGGAGCUUAAACUAUGCUACCCUGAUCAGGAGCAAUUAUCUCAAGCUCUCACAAAUACUAAUCCCGCGCGGAAAUCGAACCCACCACAACCAGGAAUAGCU